GUGGUGGUGGUGGUGGUGGAGGAGGCCGAGGUGGUCAUCAUAAUAAUCCACGUGAACCACAUCAAUCACGAUUUGGUUCUGAUAAUAAUCAACCACCAUGGCAUGAUCGUCGAGAAGGUGGACGUGGCGGUGGUGGUCGAGGUGGUUUUCAUGAUCGUCAACAUGAUAUGGGCGGUCAUUAUCGACCUAAUGAACAGUUGCCACCAGAUAAUCAUCCAUUUAAUCGAGAUGGACGACCAAAUUAUGAUGCACCUCCACCAUCUCAAAAUCGACCUUUUCAAGAAAAUUUUCAACCUGGAAAUUAUGAUUCAAUGGGACCAAAUCAACUUAAUCGAACAAAUUUACAACAACAACCUAAUUUUAAUCAAGGACUACUACCACCACAACAUAAUCGUCCUGAUUUUUUCCCACCAAAUGCAAAUAAUCCAUCUUAUCAACAACAUAAUACUCGUAGUGGUGGUCGUCCAAGUCGUUUUAGUGAUCGACAAGAUGAUUAUGAAGACGAUCGACCAUUAACUAAACCAAAUAUUUCUCUACCAAAUGUAACAACAACAACGGCACCACUUUACAUGAAUCAACCAACGAAUCCAACAUUUAGUCAAGCACGUCCAACAAUGUCAUCAACAUAUUCUUCUCAACAACCACCAUCAGCUAUGUUUUCACAAAGUGGACCACCACCAUCACAAUUCGGUUGGCCUAAUCAACAACAACAACAACAAGGUCCACCUAAUUCACAAAUGACACAAUCUCUUUUAUCACUUGCUUCAAAUGAUCAACAAAAUCCAAAUAUGUCAGGACCUCCACCACCUAGCUCAUUCUAUGGUAGUAGUAAUGAUUUUCAUCGGCAACAAGGUCCACCAUCUGCAAAUCAAUAUUAUUCAGGUGUACCUCCUGUUCCUCCUCAAUCUGGCAAUAAACCACCGAAUGCGAAUGUUCCAAGUAGUUCUGCUGCUGUAUCAGCACAACCAGUUCCUCCUACAACAGGUACAAAUACAGCAGCAGCCAAUGCUUUAAGUACAGAUCCUUGGCAGCAGUAUUAUCAACAAUAUUGGCAAUAUAUGCAACAACAACAAGCAGCUGCUCAACCACCAUCUACUCAAAUGGGUGCUCAACAACAAUUUCAACAACCACAAACAGGUUUAGAAUAA